UAGUUCUCGGCUUGGUUUUGCAAACGGCCGAAUGUUAAACCGGGGAAUUUGGGGGAAAAUAGGGGAAAUGCAAACAAAUUAACGACCAGAAAAGGGGGAGAACUUGGGGCGAGUUGUCGGCUAGAUCGCGAACGAGGGUUCGUCUCCUCUUCGCCUUCGUCUUCUCAGAUCUUGGCGCUCCUGAUCGCUCUUCGAUUCCGGCGUCUUGCUUGUGUUGUUUUUUGUGUCAGAUCGGUGGAGAUCGGAAGAUUUACUCGAUCUUGCUCUCCGUGGAUUCCUGUGAUUCUAGUAUCAUUUGGGAAGUUGUAAUUUUGGGAUAAUGGAGAUCCUUUAGGGUUUUGGAUACGAUUUCUGUCGAAUCGCAAUCGGCGGUUACGAGCGAGGAUCCCCUGUCAGCUCGAUCUUUGAUAUUUUUUUUGAUAUCUUUUGAGGGAUCCAGCUUGAAAUAAGUCGGUGGCCCGGUGGAUCAAAAAAAUUGCUGGUCUGAUAAUUGUGGGAAGAAGGGAGCGAUUUUUCUUUUGCCUUGGUAGCUUCGCUUUGUUGAGAAUCAGAUGGAAUCUUCUCCUUUCCAUGUGGAAGAUCAGACUGAUGAGGAUUUUUUCAACAAUCUAGUAGAUGAUGAUUUUGGUGGAGCGGGUUCCCAUCCUCGUCCCAACGAAAUCGUGAGAGAUUUAUCUAACCUCAGCCUUGAUGAUGAUAUUGGUACCUCUGUGGAGGAUCCUGAUGAUGCUGGAUUGAUUUUCGAAUCAAAUGGACUGCAACAAGGUGAGACCUUGCAGUCUUCGGAUUCUCCGAAUGCACCUUUAGAUUCUUCUUUAGACCAGGUAGCCUCAUUGGAAAGUUCAGUUGUGUGUGCUUCUGUGAUUGAACAACAAAGUUCAUUAUGCACUCAGCAUUCUGGAUCUAAGGGAACUAGUGUAAAAGAGAUUCAGUGGAGUGCCUUCAGUGUCAGCCCCCAGCCGUUUGACAAUGUUGGGUUGGAAAGUUAUUCAGAUUUCUUUGCCAAGAAUGUUGAUCCAUCAUCAGAUAGAUUGAAAUAUAAUGCUGACCUUAAUUUCUCCCCUGUGGAAAAUCAAGUUGAAAACUUGGACGCACAUACAAAUUCCUCGAAUAUGCAAGACUCCCAACUCUCAAGCUCAUCUACUGAUCAGAACACAAGUAUUGAUGCACAGUACUGGGAGAGUCUCUACCCAGGUUGGAAGUAUGACGCAACUACCGGGCAAUGGUAUCAAUUAGAUGGCUAUGAAGCUGGCACGAAUGCACAAAAUCAACAUGAUUCAUCAAGAAUGGAUUUACAAGGAAACUUUAAUGACAGUGCAGAAGGUCCUGCUUUCAACUCCAAUUUGGGUAGUUCAGAUAAUCUAUACCUUCAGCAAACUUCACAGUCAGUCUUGGAGACCAUAGCUGAAGAAAGUACAACAGCUACAAAUGCUACAACUACCAAUUGGAACCUUGGUUAUAAGGAGAACACAGAAUUCCCUCCUAAUAUGGUAUUUGAUCCUCAGUAUCCAGGAUGGUACUAUGACACCAACACCCAAAACUGGUAUUCCCUUGAGUCAUACACUACCUCGAUACUUACAGAAGUUCAGAAUGAGGUAGUAACUUCAAAUGGCUUCUCAAGUGGGAACUACAAUGUAUAUAAUCAAGUUGGCCAAACUGAACAAAGUUCUAAGGGAACCCUGGACACCCAAGAGUUUGGGCAUCACUGGGCUCCUCUAUCAAUUAGCUAUUCUCAGCAGAACAUGCUACAGGCUGGAGGUUUAUCUGGAAAGCAGGAGGUACAGAGCUUUUACAAUCCGAACAUAGCUACUGGAACUGAGGCAGAAAGUAGUGUGGGUAUUCAGAUGUUUAAACCAAUUGUUAAUCAUGAUUUUGGCAGCUCUAAUGGGAUUAUGACAUCACACAACUCUGUUAAUGGGGAAAGCAGAUAUCCACAUUAUUCUCAAAAUAUGCCACAUAGCAUUCAGAAAAGUAUGCCCAGCAGCUUCUUAGGCAAUCAAAAUUCAGUUGACUAUUCACAACAUUCAUUUCAAGAUACAAAAGCUUCUUAUUCCCAGUUUGCUUAUUCUUCUAAUGAAGGAAGAUCGUCAGCUGGACGCCCUGCACAUGCUUUGGUUGCUUUUGGGUUUGGAGGGAAGCUCUUAGUUGUGAAAAUUGCCACUUCUUUUGAUGCAAACAUAAAUUAUGGAAGUCAGGGAACUCCGGCUGCUGUGAUUUCUAUUCUUAGCUUGUCUGAAGUUGUGACGAAUAAACUUGACACUUCGAGUAUUGAUUCAAGCACUGCAUUGGAUUACUUCCAUUCUUUGUGCCGUCAAAAUUUUCCGGGUCCUCUUGUUGGUGGGAGUGCUUCUACAAAGGAUAUAAAUAAAUGGUUAGAUGAGAGGAUCUCAAGCUACGAUGCACCUGUCAAGGAGUUUCAGAAGGGGAAACUUUUGAAGUUGCUUGUUUCGUUGCUCAAAAUAUCAUUGCAAAAUUAUGGAAAACUUCGAUCACCUUUCGGCUCUGAUCCAUCACAAGAGGAUGUUAAUGGUCCAGAAAUGGAAGUAUGCAAUCUUUUUGCAUCGUCAAAAGUAAGCAGUGCUCCUCUGGGAGGGUAUGAUUCAUAUGCUUAUUGUUUGAAUAAUAUUCCAUCGGAGAGCCAACUUCAGGCAACUGCUGCUAUAGUGCAAAGCCUUCUUGUUUCUGGUAAGAGGAGGGAGGCUCUUCAAUCUGCUCAAGAAGGUCAAUUAUGGGGCCCUGCUCUUGUUCUUGCUGCACAGCUUGGAGACAAGUUUUAUGUUGACACAGUAAAGAAGAUGGCACAACAUCAGCUUGCAUUCGGGUCACCUUUACGAUCACUGUGUCUGCUUAUUGCUGGACAACCUGCAGAUGUGUUUUUACCAAUGGAGAAUGCAAUUAAUAGCUUAUCUUUGGCUUCACCUAUGCAUCAGGCAAAGGUUCAGCCCAGUGGGAUGUUGGAUAAAUGGGAAGAGAAUCUAGCAAUUAUAACCGCAAAUAGAACAAAAGAUGAUGAACUGGUAAUUAUUCAUUUGGGAGACUGCCUAUGGAAGGACAGAGGAGAGGUAACUGCAGCUCAUACUUGUUACUUGGUUGCUGAAGCAAAUAUUGAACCAUAUACUGAGACUGCAAGACUCUGUCUUAUUGGUGCUGAUCACUUGAGAUAUCCGAGGACAUAUGCCACACCUGAUGCAAUUCAGAGAACAGAACUUUAUGAGUAUUCAAAGGUGCAAGGAAAUUCUCAGUUCAUCCUACUACCUUUCCAGCCAUACAAGAUAAUUUAUGCCUACAUGCUGGCAGAAGUGGGAAAGAUUUCAGAUUCAUUGAAGUACUGUCAAGCUACUUCAAAAUUGUUGAAGAGUUCUGCUCGUACUUCUGAGCUUGAAAUGUGGAAACCGGUGUUAACCUCUCUAGAGGACAGAUUGCGUACCCACCAACAGGGUGGCUAUGGUUCAAGUUUGGCUCCCGCAAAUAUAGUUGGCAAGUUGUUUACUACCUUUGAUAGAUCUAUUCAUCGCAUGAUUGGUGCACCGCCCCUUCCACCUGUGCCAUCAGGGAAUGUAAAUGACAAAGAAAUCUAUUCUAUUGCCCCUAAAGUAUCAAACAGCCAAUCAACAAUGGCCAUGGCUUCUUUAGUUCCGUCAGCAUCAGUGGAGACAAUGACUGAGUGGUCAAGUAAUAGUAAUAAUAAUAGUAAAGCCAUUAGGCACAAUAGAAGUGUUUCAGAGCCUGAUUUUGGUCGAACCCCAAAACAGGAUUCAAGCCCAGACAAUGCACAAAGCAAAGCUACAACUGGUGGCUCACGCUUUGGACGCAUUGGCUCACAACUUCUUCAGAAAACCAUGGGGUGGGUGUCCAGAUCCCACCGCCAGGCAAAACUGGGUGAAAGUAACAAGUUCUAUUAUGAUGAAAAGCUCAAGAGAUGGGUGGAGGAAGGAGCUGAUCCUCCAGCAGAGGAGUCCCCCCUUCCCCCGCCUCCAACAACAACGCCAUUUCAGAAUGGUAUGCCAAAUUACAAGAUUAGUAGUGCUUUCAAGAGUGACAACAUAGAGAAUGAUACUUUGAAACCGGAAAGUCUUGCUGAUAAGGGCAGAAAAGCAGAUAAACCUAUGACUCCAUUGGAACAUAACUCUGCAAUCCCACCAACUCCACCUAGCCAAAAUCAGUUCUCAGCCCGUGGCAGAAUGGGAGUUCGGUCGAGGUAUGUUGAUACAUUCAACAAGGGUGGCGGUGGUGCUGGUGAUGGCAGUGGUGCUUUCAGAAAAACUUUUCAGUCACCUGCAGUUCCAUCGGCAAAUCCAUUGGUUGGUGCAAAAUUCUUUAUGCCCGCAGAACCUGCAAGCACAAAUGAAAAACCAACUGAUGCAGCUGGCGAAAACAACAAAGAUGUCACCACUGGUGAAGAUCCAGCAGAAACAGCAAUAGGAGAGGCAUCCUUUUCCUCAACGCCAUCAGCUUCAUCAUCCAUCCAGCGAUUUCCAAGCAUGAACAAUAUUUCCACUCGAAGCAAUAAUGCUCAUAUAUCCAGAUCAAGAGCAGCAUCUUGGAGCGGGAAUUACGAGUCAUUCAAUCAGACCACGACAGGUGCAAACUUAGGCCAUGGUCCCACUAUAUUCUCACCCACUCACAGUAAGCAGACUAGCUUGGUCAGCAGCUCAUCUUUUCAGCAGAAUGGUACUUCCCUUGGGGAUGACCUUCAAGAGGUCGAACUCUAGCGCAUAGCUGCAUCCGGAACAAGUAGCUUGGGCUCUUCAAUUCUGUCUGUCCUGCAAAACCUAAGAGGACGCUGAAUUUGAGGGACUGCAAAUGAGAAAUAUGUGAUCUUUCCCAAAUGUUUCAUUUACUUGUUGAGACCAUGGGGGAUGCUUGAGGUCACAUGAUGUGGUGUCCUACAUGAAACCAUGUUGACGCCGAUGUAUAGAUGAUUUGUUGAUUUAUUCUUCUCAUACUGAUUUGCACACAACAAAUAUAUUAAAACAGAUGGCUGGCCUAGGAAACGUAGUGUUUUUCUCUCAUUUUAUUGUAAGAAAAACGAUUUUGAAACAGAUGAAGUAGCCAAAAUUUUCAUCUUUUACGCCCAA